CUGGCUGUUGUUAAGACUGUGGUAUGCACGAACUUCUUUGUUGAUGUUUAAAUUUCUCAAAUGAAAACUUAAAAGUAUUGGAUUUCGUGAUGCAGUUAAAACAUUUAAAAACUGUUUUGACCGCACAGGAUUAUGAAAAUAAAAUAUCUGCACUAGCAUGGUCUCCGAACAAUUUAAAAUUAGCAGUUGCAACAUCCGAUCGACAAAUUAUAUUAUUUGAUGAAAAAGGUGAAAAACGUGAUCGUUUUUCAACAAAACCGGCAGAUCCGGCAAACGGUAAAAAAUCGUAUGUUAUUCGCGGUAUUGCAUUUAGUCCGGAUUCAACAAAAAUUGCCGUAGCACAAUCUGAUAAUAUUGUAUAUGUUUAUAAAAUCGGAGAUGGUUGGGCUGAGAAGAAAGUUAUUUGUAAUAAAUUUCCACAAGCACAACCGGUUAUGUGUAUUGUUUGGUUAUCGGCUGGACCGAUAAUUUGCGGUCUUACCGAUGGUAAAGUUCGUGCUUUACAUACAAAAUCGAAUAAGUCACAAAGUUUAUAUGGAUCGGAAAGUUUAGUUGUAUCGUUGGCAUCAAAUCAACGAGGAACGGGGUUUUUAUCUGGGCAUGCUGAUGGGAGUAUUGUUCGGUUUUUUGUUGCUGAGGAUAAUCAAUCGGGUCAGGCUCAAGGUAGAGUGGUCACACAUUCGAGUCCUCCAUAUGCAUUGGCAUGGCCUCAAGGACAAAUUGUAGCGGCUGGAUGUGAUAAACGGGUUGUUGUUUAUGAUGCUCAAGGAAAAUUAAUGCGAAAUUUUGAUUAUUCAAAAGAUGAUGAUGAACAUGAAUUUACAGUUGCAGCGUGUAGUCCAAGUGGGCAGACAGUGGCAAUUGGAAGUUUUGAUCGUUUACGUGUAUAUGGUUGGAGCCCUAGAGAUUUAACAUGGAAUGAAGGCCCCAUGAAAGAAAUGCGAUUUUUUUAUACAGUCACAGCACUUGCUUGGAAACGAGAUGGCUCACGUGUUGCAUGCGGCGGUUUAUGUGGAAGUGUUGAAUUUUUCGAAUCCGUUCUUCGUCGCACUGUGUGGAAAGAUAAAUUUGAAUUAACAUAUGUGGGACCAUCACAAGUUCUGGUAAAGCCAUUAAAUCCAGACGGUGGACGUGGAGUUGUUUUACGAUCACAACUAGGCCGAGAAAUUGAUGAUGUACGAAUUAUGGGACGUGAUAGUUAUUUAGUUGCACGCACCGAGGAUACACUUUUGUUAGGAGAUUUACAAAGGAAUCUUUUAAGUGAGGUAGCUUGGAACAGUUCUGGCAGACAUGAAAAAUUCUAUUUCGAUAAUCCAACAGUAUGUUUAGUAUUUAACGCGGGUGAAUUAUCUUUAAUUGAAUAUGGCGAUAAUACAAUUUUAGCAUCCGUACGCACAGAAUUCGCUAAUCCACAUUUAAUAAGUGUGCGAUUAAAUGAACGUAGUCAAAAUUUUGAAAACAAGAAAUUAGCAUAUUUACUUGAUCUCAAAACAAUUUGUAUUAUCGAUUUAAUCACUGGAAUAACGGUCAAUCAAAUAUCGCACGAUUCGAAAAUUGAUUGGCUUGAGCUUAGUGAAACAGCGCAUAAAUUAUUAUUCCGGGAUAAAAAACAAAGGUUAAUACUUUUUGAUACCGCAACAAAUGAAAAAAUCACGAUUAUGAGUAAUGUUAGCUACGUCCAAUGGAUUCCAGGAAGCGAUGUAGCUGUAGCACAAACUCGUAAUAAUUUGGCUGUAUGGUACAAUAUUGAUUUACCAGAUCGAGUCACUUUGAUACCAGUUGAAGGGGAAAUUUUGGAUAUUGUACGUGAAAAUGGUAAAACUGAGGCAAUUUCACAAGAUGGGAAUUUAACGUUAAGCUACGAACUUGAUGAAGGAUUAGUUGAAUUUGGGACAGCAAUUCAUGAUAACGAUUACGGACGUGCGAUUUUAUUUUUGGAAACACUUGGGAAUAAAUCAGAAGCGGAAGGUAUGUGGCAUAAUUUAGCAUCGCUGUCGUUAAGCAUGAAUAAUUUACGUGUGGCUGAACGAUGUUUUGCCGCGUUGGGAGACGUAGCGAAAAGUUAUUUCUUAAAAGAAACAAUUAAAAUCGCUGAUGAUUUUCAUAAAACGCAUAAUUUGGAUGGUAUGCAAUGUCCAGAAGUUUGGGCACGUAUGGCAAUUUUAAACAAUGAUCUAAAAACUGCCGAAAAUAUUUAUUUAGAGCAAGGAGAUAUUGAAAAUGCGUUAAAAAUGUAUCAAAAGUUUCAUAAAUGGGAAGAAGCACUUAGUUUAGCCGAGCAACGUGCUUAUAAUCAAUAUGAGGAUUUGAAGGAAACGUACAUGCGAGUUUUAUUAAAAUCAGGACAGGAGGAGAAAGCUGGACAAAUUUUAGAAGAUCAAGGUGACAUUCAAAAAGCAUUAGAUUUUUAUUUAAAAGCAAAUCGACCUGCACGUGCUGCACGAAUUGUUCAACAAAAUCCGAAUUUAUUAAAUAAUGAGGAACUUGUACGAAAAAUUUCGAAGCAAUUACUCAAAAAUGAAUUAUUCGAACAAACUGCGGAACUAUACCAUGCAAUUGGCCACGAUGAACUUGCAAUACAAUAUUAUCGUAAAGGAAAAGUGUAUCCAAAAGCUUUGGAUUUAGCAAGAAUUGUGGCUCCUGAUCAAAUUAUUACCCUCGAAGAAGAAUGGGGUGAUCAUUUAGUUGCCACCAAACAAUUAGAUGCAGCUAUUAAUCAUUUCAUCGAAGCUGGUAAAACACUAAAAGCAUUGGAUGCUUCAGUUGAAGCUCGGCAAUGGAAGAAAGCCGUACAAAUCAUUCAAGUAUUCGACGAUCCCGAACCGAUUUUAAAAUAUUACAAAAAAAUUGCUAAACAUUUUAUCGACGUGAAAGAGUAUCAUGUGGCUGAAAAUUUAUUGGUCAAAGCUGAAAUGUAUCAAGAAGUUGUUGAAAUGUACAACGAAUCAAAGCAAUGGGAUAAAGCGCACGCGUUAGCUUCGCAAUAUUUGGAUUCAAGUGAAGUGGCUGAUAUGUAUAUUAAACAAGCGCAACAAUUAGAAGCUGAAAAUAAAUUCCGUGAUGCUGAAAAAUUGUAUUUAAGUGUGGGUGAACCGGAUUUAGCGAUUGCCAUGUAUAAGCGUCACGAUCAGUAUGAUAAUAUGAUUCGAAUGGUUGAAAGAUUUCAUCCCGAUUUGGUACAAACUACACAUAUACAUUUGGGUCAGAAAUUAGAGGAGCUAAAUAAAUUUAGGGCUGCUGAAACACAUUAUUUAGCUGCAAAUGAAUGGCGUGCAGCAGUUAAUAUGUACCGAGCGAAUAAUUUAUGGGAAGAUGCACAUCGUGUUGCAAAAUCAAAAGGUGGCCAAGCGGCAGCUAAUCAAAUAGCUUUUAUUUGGGCACGAACUUUACCCCUUGAAUCCUCUAUAAAUCUAUUGAAUAAAUUUGGAAUUCUAGAAACAUGUAUUGAUUACGCUUGCGAAACAUUACAAUUUGAUUUUGCUUUUAACUUAAGCAAAAAUUUAGCACAGAAAUUAAGUGAUGUUCAUUAUAAGUAUGCAAUGCACUUAGAAGACGAUGGUAAGUAUCAAGAGGCUGAAUUUGAAUUUAUAUCGGCGGCAAAACCGAAAGAAGCUGUAUUGAUGUAUGUGCAUACACGUGAUUGGGUGAAUGCGCAACGUAUUGCGGAAUUACAUGUACCUGAAGCUAUUCCUGAAGUGUUGCUAGCGCAAGCAAAUGAAUGUUUUGCACAAAAAGAUUAUACUCAGUACGAAACUUUAUUGUUACGAGCACAAAAACCGGAAAUGAUUAUUCAACAAUAUAAAGAAAAUGGUAUGUGGGUUGAUGCAUUACGUAUUUGUCGCGAAUACAUGCCGAAUUUAUUACAACCGUUACAGCAAGAAUAUCAUCGCGUUGCAAACAAUGCGGGAGAUCAAACUGAUGUCGAAAGUUUAUUCAAUCAAAGCUCAAAUUGGUUGCAAUCUGGAGAAUAUAAACAAGCAAUCGGAUGUCUUUUACGAAUUACCCCAAAAAUUGCUGAUCAGUCAACAGUGAAUCAAGCAUUGAUUCAGGCGGCAGAUAUCACAAAUCGAUUUUUAGAUGGACCUAUUGGAUUGGAUGUUGUGAAAAUAUUAGGUCCACGUUUAAUUGAAAUUGGACAAUAUACAUCGGCUGCUCAAUUAUUUUUAAGUGUGGAUCUAAUCAAAGAGGCAAUUGAUAGUUUUAUUGCGGCUGAAGAAUGGCAUAAAGCGAAAAAAAUAGCCAAGGAAUUAGAACCAAUUUAUGAAAGUUAUGUGGAAGCGAAAUAUAAAGAUAGUUUACGUAAAGAUGGUAAUGUAGAACAAUUAGCUGACAUUGAUAUUAUUGGAGCAUUGGAUUUACUAGCAGAACAAGGUCAGUGGGCACGUUGCUUAGAAAAAGCAAAAUCGCAUGGUAACCAACAAGUUUUACACAAAUACGUCGCAUUAUAUGCCACACAAUUAGUUCGAGAAGGAUACACUUUGGAAGCGUUAACUUUGUAUUCUACACAUGGGGCACCAGCGUUACCAGCAAAUUUUAAUAUUUACGUACGAAUUGCCACCGAUAUGUUUGCAAUGGAUGAUUUAUCGGACGAAAGUAGCUACAAUUUAUGGUCUCAACUACGUCAAGUUUUAUUUCAAAUAAAUGAAUCCUUACAAACUACCUCAAAUAUUCCAACGGAGAAAAAAUUACAAUUUCGAACGUUAUUUUUAAUCGCCCAUUAUUAUGCAGUACGUUGCGCUUGUAAACAAGUAGCUACACUCAAUACAAUGGUGGCAAAAAUAUCCGCGGCACUUUUACGCUACACGGAUAUUAUACCAGCGGAUAAAGGAUUCUAUGAAGCUGGAAUGGAUAUGCGAGCUUUGGGUCGUGAUUCUGAAGCGUUUGUAUUUUUAAAUCAUUAUUUAGAUAUUUGUGAUGCAAUUGAAGAUCAAGAUGGUAAUAGUGGGGGUCAAUUAGUGGAUCAUUCUGAUUUAACGUGUACCGAUUUUCCAUCAAAUAUUCCAUUGCCAGCUGAGUUAUAUUUGAAAAAUGAUUUGAGUAAACAUGAUGAAGCGAAAGAGUGGGUUUUAACUGUCAGCAUGGAUCAAAAAGUGAAUCAGUCGUUACCGACCGAUGAUCGAUCAUUAUACGAAUCGAGUUUACAAUUAGAAGACACCCCAUGUGUGGUUACCGGUUAUCCAGUAAACACUAAUCGACAACCAAUCACAUUCCAACGUUCUGAGUUGAAAGCAAAUCGUGAUGCAUGGACAAAACUAAGUUUAGCCGCAAAAAUGGCACCACAUUCAGAUGUUACAAACUGUGUGAUGUUCUUCGAACAAUGGUUGGGUCAAUCUAGUUAUGUGAUGUAAACAAAAACAAAAUCUUCCAUUAAAAUGUGUGUGAUUAUAUAAAAAUCCGUCCUAAGAUUUUGGAAUAUUUAAAGAGUUAGUUAU